AUGUUUACAAAAUUCUUUCUUAUAUCUAUUAUACAAUUAUAUAUUAUUCAAACAUCAUUUUGUAUUUAUUUUGGUCAUGAAGUUGGUCGUACAUCCAUGGAUUCAACACAUUAUGAUCGUCAAUCUAUACAACAACAAUGUUCAAUUAAUAAUCAAAGAAAAGAAUCAUAUCAAACUACUUAUUUAGUUAAUUCGAAAUCUUUAUCAUCAUCAUCAACAACAAAUAAUAAUAAGAGUAAUUUAAUAUCAUUUCAUAGACAAUUUAUAAUUAAUUAUGAAGAAGAUAAACUUGUAACAAGAGCUUCUUCGGGUCCGAUCAAUGUUAAUAAUACAAUUCCAUUGAUUAUGGAUCAAGCUUCAAUUGAUGUUAUUGUUGAUAAACAAAUCAUUGAUAAUCUAUCAGUAUAUGUUCAAGUUAUCGAAUGUAUUGAUUGUCCCUAUAGAAUAAUUGCACAAGAUUUAUCAUCAAAUAAAUCACUUUAUUUAACUGUGAAUACAAAAUAUAAUUAUCGUAUUCGUAUAGAAUUAAGUAAUACAUCAUUCUGUAUCGAACCUCUAACUCUAUAUGAACAUGGUCAAUAUGUUCUUAAUGUACAAAUGUCCUCAUCUUUAUCAACAAAUUCAAGUUCAAAUUCUGAUCUUAGAUGUUCAUUAAUCACACGACGUUCAGCAAAUAAUGUUUCUAUACCAUUAAUUGUUGGUGGUGUUAUAUUAUUAAUAUUAUUCAUAGCUUGUAUAGUUGCACAAAAACUUAAACUUCGUGAACGUUUAAUAGAACUUAAAAAUCGUCUUUUUAAAAGUGUACCACCACAACAAGAAACAACACAUUCAUAUGGUUUACAAGUACGUUCACCAGCAACAGCUACUGAUUCAAUUAAUGCAACAGGUGGAAAUUCAACUGUAACAAAACUACCACCGAUAAAUAAAAUGUCAAAUGUUAUGGUACCUAGAUCAAAACGUUUGCUAAGUCUUGAUGCAUUUCGUGGUUUUGCUUUAAUAGCAAUGAUAUUUAUUAAUUAUGGUGGUGGUGGAUAUGCACAAUUUGAACAUGCACCAUGGCAUGGCAUAACAUUUGCUGAUGUUGUAUUUCCAUUUUUUAUUUGGAUGUUAGGAACAUCAUUAGUAUUUUCACUAAAAAACUCUAUUGAGAAAAGUGUUUCAAGACGAUCAUUACUUAAAAAAGUAGUCAUAAGAACAAUUAAGUUAUUUUUAAUUGGUUUUAUACUUAAUACACGUUUUAAAGUUGAUCUUACAGUAGUACGUAUUCUUGGUGUUCUACAACGUUUUGCUAUUGUUUAUGGUGUUGUUGCAACCAUUGAAGUACUUUGUUCACAAUCAAAACAAUAUUCAUCAUCAACUAAUAAUCAUACAUCAACAACAACAGCAACAAUUAAAUUAGGAAAAAUAAAACGUCUAACGACACUUUUCUGUGAUAUAAUAAAUUUUCCUCUUCAAUGGUUAAUUAAUAUUGCUUUAAUAACUAUUUGGAUACUAAUUAUUUAUCUAGUACCAUUUGAAGAUUGUCCAGCUGGAUAUUUAGGUCCUGGUGGAUUACAUGAAAACGGUAAAUAUGAAAAUUGUACUGGUGGAAUAACUGGUUAUAUUGAUCGAGUUAUUUUUACUGAUAAACAUUUAUAUAAAUUUCCAACAUGUCAAACUGUUUAUGGAUGUAAAGAACCAUUUGAUCCAGAGAAUUUAUUUGGUGCUAUUCCAACAAUGUUUUUAGCAUAUUUGGGCAUUCAAGCUGGACGAAUUCUUGUUAUAUAUCAAACUCAUACCGAGCGUCUUAUUCGUCUUUUUACUUGGAGUAUUUUAAGUACAGCUAUUGGUGUUGGUUUAACUGCAGGUACACUUGAUGGUGGACCAAUGCCAUUGAAUAAAAAUCUUUGGACGUUAUCAUUUUCAUUUUUUACGGGUGGCUUGGCAUUUGCUGGAUUUUCUUUGAUGUAUAUUGUUAUUGAUAUGCUUCACUGGUGGAAUGCAACACCGUUUCAAUAUCCAGGAAGCAAUUCAAUACUUAUUUAUGUAUCACAUCUUGUUUUUGCUACUUAUUUUCCUGUGCAAUGGGUUGUUGUUAAUACACAUGCAGCACAUCUUGCUAUGGGUUUAUGGGGAUGUAUUUUUUGGAUUAUUGUUGCAUAUAUUUUGUUUAAAAAACGAAUAUUUUUGGUGCUUUAA